GGAGAUUAUCGCGGGAUUUUGCGGUUUUCGGGGAAAACUUGUUGGACGUUAUUUUUAGAACUGGAUUUUUUGGAGAGAAAAGUUUUAUAAUGUUUCUCGGUGAAUUCAGUCGUUGGAGAGAUAAUUUCAUGACUAACGAGAUGGGGAGACAAGAGAGAGGGGGAAAAUGAAGAUUUGAGGUUUUCUUGCUUUUGGUUUUAUAAUUUAGAAGAUGAUGACAGACUUGUUUACUCGAAAUUGCGUACAAUUGUGGUUUAUCGUGGGAUUAGAGGGUAGAGGCUGUAAUUUUAGCUGAGAUGAGUGAAUUUCAGUCGGAAAUUGCUGUCGCGAAAUUUCAAGUUUUUCUGUCUUUCGCGGAUAAUUCGAGUCUUGGACGGUUGCCAAUUUUUUAAAUCCAGUGCUUGCCCUGCUAGAACGUCUCUGUAAUUCCGUCUAACAUUACAAUUAGCCUCACAUUAUUCCAACAAUGCCUAACAAAUAAUUGCAAACAAUAAACCUCAAAAAAAUGACCUCAUCUCCGCCACAAUUAAACCCACAAAAUACUCCAUUUGACCUUUUUUGUGCAAAAUCUCAAGAGCUAGAAAAUAGUAAUCAACGAAAUUUUUCCUACCUCCUCUCACUCCCGAAAUAUUUCGCAAAAACUGCGUCGACUGAUCGUCGAGUCGAAACCGAUCGAUGAAAAAACUUCAGCUCCAGUUUUCGCCGAAUAUCUCCGAUCCUAUGAGAAACACAAAAAUCGGUAAAUGAACUUUAUUGCAGAUAAUUCCCAAAUCUACAAAAAGUGUUGGAAACAUUUUCCUCAAAAGUAAUUAGUUAUCGAGAUAAUUGCGACUGAACGGCCUAUCACUCGGCAUGAAUACUCAAUGAUAUAAAAAAAUGAUUACACGUUUUUUUUUUUGCCAUUUGAUGUCGAGAAAUGCAAAUCUAAUCUAAUCUUUUCGGUUGGCAAAAAUUCAAGGUGAAUAUCAAUUCCCACCGUCUUUCAUCCUCACCUUUCCCUUUGUCCCUAGUCUCGUUUAGUCUUCUUCCAACUCCCGAGACCUUCCACAGAUCAUUGCACCUUCUCCCAGUGGCGCAAUUGUUUUCGAUAUAAAACCUGUAACUCUGAUCGAUGAGACAGUCGAGGCCUCAAUGUCAAUCAAUAAUCAUUAACGAGGUGUCUCUCAAGCAGACAUGGGGAAAAUGUUGAGAGGGAUAUUGGAAUUGUGGGUUCUGGUUGUCCUGGUGACAGCAGAGACUGACAAUCCGGUGACAGAUGCUCUAAUUGAGGUACCGGAAGUGCCCUCUGAGGAAUCAGUGCCUCUUCCCCUCCCGGGGAUGCUGUAUCCCCGGGAGAGCGAAUCCAGAGAAGUGAGGUCACUGGAUGGCCUCUGGGACUUCGCUGUUUCACCACCUGGUGAUUCAGCGAAGGGAAUCCGGGAUCAGUGGUACCAGGAUAAUCUGUCAAGGUCAAUUCCAGUCAUGCAGAUGCCUGUGCCGUCCUCAUAUAACGACAUAACGACCUCGAAAGCUCUACGAGAUCACGUUGGACCAGUCUGGUAUGAACGAAGCUUCUUCGUCCCACUCUCGUGGGCUGAACAACGAGUUUUCGUCAGAUUUGGAUCUGUGAAUUAUCUCGCCCAAGUGUGGAUUAAUGGAGAGAUAGUGACCAACCACGAAAUAGGACAUCUGCCCUUCGAGGCAGAAAUCAAUUCUUUCCUCGUGUUCGGUGGAAAAAAUCGAAUAACUGUUGCCGUUGAUAACAGCUUACUACAAACAAGCAUCCCCCAAGGUCGUGUGAAUCCAGUUCCAGCUGAUAAUGGAACCGCCUGGGUGCAAUCUUACAGUUUUGAUUUUUUCAAUUAUGCAGGAAUCCACAGGCCAGUCCUGUUAUCGACGAAGCCCCGGGUUUACAUAUCGGACAUAACGAUAAAGACCUCGAUCUCGGGCGAUACAGGAAUAAUAAAAUACUCAAUAGAAGCAGCCGGCAAUCUUGACGGAGAGGUCCCCGAGUGUUCAGUUUCUCUCCGCGAGGAAAAUUCAACUCUAGUCGCCGAAGGGGACAUACCAGGUUUUACCGGUACCCUAAAAAUUCCUGACGCCAAUCUCUGGUGGCCGCGAAGCAUGAGUGACACCCCAGGUUAUCUCUACACCCUGGAGAUAAUUCUCACAGUCCCAAACUCGACGAUUCGAGACAUAUACCGCCUCCCAAUUGGCAUAAGAACAAUAAAAUGGACCAACAAAACACUCCUCAUCAACGACAGACCGGUCUACCUCCGAGGAUUCGGUCGUCACGAGGACUCAAUCAUCAGAGGAAGAGGUCUCGACCUCGUGACCAUGACGAGGGACUACGAAUUAUUAAAAUGGAUCGGCGCGAAUGCGUACAGAACGAGUCACUACCCGUACAGCGACGAAGUGAUGGACAUGGCAGACCGCGAGGGCUUCCUGGUGAUCGACGAGUGUCCAGCAGUGGACACAGAGAAUUUCUCCCCGGAGUUGCUGAAACGUCACAAGACCUCGAUAUCAGAGUUGAUUCGUCGAGACAAAAAUCGUCCCUCAGUCCUGAUGUGGAGUAUCUCAAACGAGCCCAGGACAUCUCUCCCAGGUGCCGACACCUACUUCAAGCAGGUUGCACUCCACACAAAAACAACGGAUCCAACCCGUCCCAUAACGAUUGCCCUAUCCACAUCGUACACCCAGGACAGGGCAGCCCAGUACCUGGACAUCAUCAGCUUCAACAGGUACAACUCCUGGUACGCCAAUCCUGGAAGACUUGACAUGAUAGUUGACAGGGUGGUGUCAGAGGCCCAGAGUUGGCACAAAAAAUACAACAAGCCAGUGCUGAUGAGUGAAUAUGGGGCUGAUACUCAGCCAGGACUUCAUGAGCUGCCAGACUACAUCUGGAGUGAGGAGUAUCAGGCUGCUGUACUCUCCAGGCAUUUUCAGGCUUUUGACAGGCUCAGGGAGGCUGGCUGGUUUGUUGGAGAAUUUAUCUGGAAUUUUGCUGACUUCAGGACUGCUCAAACCUACACCAGAGUCGGUGGGAACAAGAAGGGCAUCUUCACCAGGUGUAGGCAACCCAAAAUGGCUGCACAUCUUGUCAGGAAGAGAUAUCAUGCUCUCGGGGUCGAGCUCGAUGGAGCUCAACUACCUGGAGAUCUGGAGAUUUAUGCUGCUAGCUUUCUACCCCGUGAUGAAUUUUAAAAACUGGUUUUUAUUCAAUUGUAAGGGAAUUGUCUUGUAUUUUUAUAGUAAUAAAAGAUUUUUAGUAUAA